AACCAGGCUGUUAUUUUUCUCAUGUGUUUAUGUUUCUCUUCCUCUCAGUCUCUCUCUCUAAGUCUCUCUCUCUCUGUCCGGGGCCGGUAUGGCGGUUCGGAGCGUGUUCAGGUCUGAUCUGUUCAGCCGGAAAGUGGCGAUCGUUACCGGGGGUGGAAGUGGGAUCGGUAAAGCGAUCUCAGCGGAGCUCCUGCAGCUAGGGUGCAAUGUGGUCAUUGCGUCCCGAAAGUUGGAGCGUCUGGAGGCUGCGGCCACAGAGUUGAAGCGCAAUAUCCCAGAAUCCUCUGUUCCUGCCCAGGUCACGCCCAUCCGCUGUAACAUCCGUGAUGAAGAAGAGGUGAGGAAUCUGGUAGCGUCCACUCUAAAGCUGCACGGCCGGAUCGAUUUCCUGGUAAAUAACGGUGGUGGUCAGUUUAGCAGCCCGGCGGCUGGGAUGAGCCUGAAGGGCUGGAACGCAGUUAUCGAUACCAACCUGACUGGAACCUUCCUCUGCUGCAGGGAGGUGUACAAUUCGUGGAUGCGGGACCAUGGUGGGGCCAUCGUUAACAUCAUUGCUGACAUGUGGAAGGGUUUUCCUGGCAUGGCGCACACAGGUGCAGCCCGGUCUGCAGUGGACAACCUUACCAAGAGCCUGGCCAUCGAGUGGGCCGACAGCGGAGUCAGAAUUAACUCUGUUGCUCCAGGGACGAUCUUCUCUAAAACUGCGAUGGAAAACUAUAAGGAAAUCGGACCUGUGCUUUUUCAGAAAGCUGUUCCCUGCAUUCCUGCAAAAAGACUUGGCUUUCCAGAGGAGAUUUCUCCAGCUGUGUGUUUCCUCCUCUCUCCGGCUGCCUCAUUUAUCUCCGGAGCAACGCUGAAGGUGGACGCAGGACAGAGCCUCUAUAACGCAGUGUGGGAAAUACCUGAACACACAGCGUGGCCGGAGGCUCCAGAGGGAGAGAACACACAGGCUCUGAGGGAAAUUGUAAAGGAUUUUAAGUCUAAACUGUGAUUCUAAGAUCUGCCUGUAGGUGUCGCCACUGUUCAGUGUUUAAUUGUCAGGAGUUUUUUUUAGAGUGCCUUUAAACCUUUCUGAUCUGAUCAGAGCUAUUAAUCUGAUGCUAAUCUGAUAUUAAAUUGAUAUGCGUCAUUAUGAUAAUUUUGGUAGUGAAAGGUUUGAGAAGUACUCGGAGUGAGGGAUGAUCAGUUGGAGCUCUGUAAUGAGAAAAUUAGGUAUAUCAUUACUGACCUGCAAAAACCUUGUGUCUCUAAAACAUUAUUUUUAGAGUGGAAGGAAUAAACAAUUCUCAUCUUUCAAUGAAAGAUGAGUAAAACGUUUCUUCCAAAUGCCUCUUAGCGAUAUUUUGUAAUUUUAUAAAAAUAUAUUAUUUAUAAUUAAGGUGUAAAUAUGUGAAGUGACUUAUGAGACGAUUAGCCAGCAAACACAGUUAUGUCGCAACAACCAACUGUAGUAGGUUUCACACGACACUUGAACACACAAUGUUGAAAUGCAGUGUGUUCUAAAUGAUGUGUAUAUGAUGUGUUCUAUUGUCUGAUAAUGGAUAAUGGAACAUAAUUGAGAUCUUGGAAAGUUGCCAUCUAAAGUAGUCUGAUGACUGAGAAGCAAUAUUAUCUAUUAAUGAGGUUGUGAGAAAGUUGUCAAUAAAACAUAAACAGUGCAACCUUUAGACAGUGUUGGACAACGAUGUAGCCACAUUGUAAGAAAGUGUAGAACGUGGUGACAACGUUGUGUCAACGGUGUGUUUGCUGGUAAAGGUGUGCUGCUUUCAUUGAUUGUAUUGAAAAUAAAUGCAUUAUCUGUGAAUUCUAUAUUUACUGUUUAAUUCAUUCAUGUCAGGAGUGGUGAGUUUCUGUAAUCAAUGACUAAUAAAAUAAACUAAUAAAAAACAA